CUCAGCCCCGCCGCGGCCGUGAGGCGACGGCCCGGCCCGGCCCCGCCAUGAAGCUGCACUUCAGUAUCACCGCCGCCGAGGAGCUGCGGGAGGAGCGCGGGGGUCGCUACGUGCUCUACUCGGUGUGCCUGGAGGGCUUCCUGCUCGGCAAAGUGCGGUACAGCCAGCUCCGCAGCUGGGACGCGCAGCUGAGGCAGCUUUUCGGAAGUGCCGUGCCUUCUUUCCCUCCUAAGUUUUACCUGGCAAUGACCAAGUCGAUGGCAGAUGAGAGACAGUCUCAGCUGGAGCAGUACCUUCAGAAUGUUACUUUGAAUUCAAAUAUUACCAAUAGUGAUGUCUUCACAGGUUUUUUCCAAAAGCUACAGCAGGCUUGGAGCCUGGAUAGCUUUUUCUUGUGUCUGACUACUGCGAGGUGCCAUAUGUCCCAUUUCUUCCCUUACCUCCUCUCCAGCUGCUGUGGUCCUUAUGAGGAUAGUUGUGUUUUGGAGCAGAUUGCGGUGUUGAAUAUUCACAUGCACCUAUUUAUCCACCUCCUCUUUUUGGAGUCUCUACUGCCUAGGACAGUGGCUGUGUCAUUCCUACAGACACUGAGAUAUGAGGAUACAUUUAAGAUCCAAACCCAGAGAGCCUUUUUGGAUGUUUACCUUGCUGAUGGCAGCAAUAUUAGACUUGAUAUCCAGACAUCGGACACUGCAGAAAGAAUAUUGGAGGUUACACUGUGCAGGAUGGGACUAUCAAGAGAAUUAAUAAAAUAUUUUAGCUUAUUUUUCUUUCAAGAUCAUGAUGAUGGAGUGCUCUCUGUGGUGAAAAAAUUGGCAGAAUUUGAACUUCCUUAUGUGAGUCUUCAGAGCAUGAAAGAGUUGGACUGUAAGCUUGGGAUCAGAAAGUGGUAUAUGGAUCCUUCUCUUGAUACGCUGCUGAUGGAUUGUAGAGCUUCAUUGAAUUUGCUAUAUAUGCAGGCAAUCCAGGAAGUUAAGAGGAAUUGGGUUAAACCAACAGAAGGGCAGAUGCAGGAACUUGAAUUUCUACAAAAAAAUGCAAACAAAACAAAGUUCCUGGAGCUGAUGAGAGAAGUGCAGUUCUAUGGAUACGUACGGCUUGAUCCUUGCAUUUGUGACUACCCAGAAGAAGGCUGCUCAGCUGACAUCUAUGUUGGCAAUAACGAGAUUAACUGCUGCAUAAAACUGCCUACUAACCAAAUCAAAGAGGUCAGCUUUAAAAUCAACAGGUUAAGAAGGUGGCAGGUUGCUUUUCUUGGUGCUACAAAGGGUGGUGAAGAUGACACUUUGGAGCUCAGAUUUGAGUACAAUGAUUCAGGCACAUGGCAGUGGAUAAUUUUGUACACAAAACAGGCCUUUUUGCUCAGUAGCUGCUUGAAGAAAAUGAUAUUGGAACAGAUGAAGGCAGCCAAAGAAGGCCAAGAAAUGGAGAUCAAGAUGCCUGAAUCCACAAAAAAUAGUAAGAAAUCCAGCAUCCAACAAAAGCAGGUAGUUCAUUCGGAUUUUAUAUCAAGGAAAAGCUUUUUGGUUCGGCCAAAUGAAGACAACUGUGUAUUUGAGAAAAUAAGAGAAGAAGACCUGUGAUAAUUUAGUUGAGAUACUCUCUUUCACAAUGAAUUAUCUGUGGGUAAUAAACUCACUACUGAAACCUUGAAUUAUAAGGGCAAAAAAAAAAAAAAUCUUCAGUGUAAUUC